AUGACAACAACAGAUUCGUCUCGACUUAUUCUUAUUACUGGUGCUGCUGGUGUCAUUGGUAGUUAUUUUGCCAAAAAUGCUGAUAAACAAAAAUAUAAACUUCGAUUAAUGGUACACCCUUCAAAUCCACCAGAAGAAGUUGAAUCAUUAAAACUACAUGGUGAAGUUGUCGAAGCGGAAUUGGGUCAAAUAGAAACAUUAAUGAAUGCAUGUGAAGGUGUUGAUACAAUUCUUCAUCUAGCUGGACAACCAGAUCCAAAUGCCAGAUGGGAUUCAUUAUUAAAAGACAAUAUAGAAGGGACAUACAAUAUAUUUUUAACUGCAAAAAAAUCCAAUGUAAAAAGAGUGAUUUAUGCUAGUUCGAUUCAUGCUAUAUCAGGUUAUCCUAUAGAUACACAAGUGAAAACAACUGAUCCAGUUAAACCAGGAGAUCUUUAUGGUGUAACUAAAUGUUUUGGUGAAGCCCUUGGUUGUUAUAUGGGUGAACAAGAAGGACUUUCAACAAUUGCAAUACGUAUAGGUGCAUUUCAACCUUAUUCAAGUUUAAAAGAUGACUCAAAAACUGGUUUAUUAUUGGAUGCUUGGUUAUCACAGCCAGAUGCUGUUCAAUUAUUCGAAAAAUGUAUUGAUGCACCGGCUAAUCUAAAAUUUGCCAUUGUACAUGGUCUUUCGAAUAAUACAUUUAAACGAAUGGAUGUCAAUUCAACACGUGUAUUAUUGGGUUAUGAUCCACAAGAUAAUUUUUAUGAGGCACAUGAGAAUUAUGAACCGUUAAAUAUAAGAAAAACAUUACGUCUACGUAAUAUGAAGGAUCCACUACAAACAUCUGGUCUGCGAGAUAAAUCACCCGAAUGA